AUGCGGAAAGAAAUUCCUCCUUUCAACAAAGCGUUGAAUCGCGAAAAGGAUGUCAAUGCUGCUAAGGACAGUGAUAAGAAAAGAGCAACUGAAAAUCCUGAUUUUGUCACUGCUACUUUUGACCUUCAAAGUGUGCUGCAAAUACCAAGUAGUGAUGUAUCACCCUUAUACCACAAUAGAAAAUUAUCUGCCGUUAAUUUAUGCAUUUAUGAAGGAGCUCACCCAAAUAAUGCACACUGUUUUACCUGGACUAAUGGUGCCAGAGGGAGCUUAGAAAUUGCGACAUGUUUAUAUUACUACGAUAAAAACAUUAUGUCAAAAGUUCAUGGCAAACGAUAUGCCUACAAGUUUGACUUUCAGGGGCUGAUGGCUGCGUGUCAAGCUCAAGCGCAGGGACAAGGAGACGUCCUACCAACCUACCAAAAGUACCAACCACACCAAAGUGAAUUAGGAGCUGCUCUCUACCCCACAGGGCAUGCUGUUAAUCAUAGGUUACCAAAUAUCCUACCCGGAAGUACGCAACAUUCCCAAACAGCGCUUUUCCCACCUCCUACCUACUGGCCCUAUUCUCCCGCAAACUUUGAUCCAAGGGGUGCUCCUUUUAAUUGAAAAUUAUUGUAUAGUGUCGUUAUUUCAUAUUUGCUUUGAAUGCACUUUCGUAAUGUGGAUACCAGAAACUGAUAUGUAAAGAUGAAAAUGUAAUAAUAAUUUUUAAUAUACCUACCUAUUUAGUUCUAUAAGCAAUCGAUAAAAGGUUGUCUAUAAAGGGAGUUCAUUUUUUUGCUGAACUGAAAUCAGUUCAGGAUGUACUUUGUAUCAAUAAUCACGAUAUACCUACGCCAGUCGCAAACCUUGUCCUUAAUUUUUUUUUAACAAAAUCCGAAAAAAAUUGAAAAUUUUUGCUUUUUGCUCCCAUAUUUUCGUUUAUAACUCGAGAGAUACUUAACAAAAAGAAUUAUAGUGUAGGUAAUAGUUUUAUUUUUCAAUUUUAUAUAAUAUUUGACUAGCUAAAAAUUGAAAAUUUAACGUUUAUAUUGUUUAAAAAUAGCAAUAAUCCAGAAAAAAGUGCAAUAAAUGGAAUUUCUCUUUUAAAAUUUUUCAAGCCCUUAAACAUAACUUGCAGCCUUUAUAUUCUACCUAGAAAAAUGUCUGAAAGGAGUGCUAAAUUCCAUUAGGAUCGGUAAAUCCACGGUCCGCAAAAAAAACUGCAAAUGGGCCUAGCCGGGCAAGAUGAUGAAAAUUGCCCCCAGCUCGAUUCGAAUUCUGAAAUUUUUAGCCCCCUAGGUGGUCACGUUACCCACCUAGAGGCUAAUUACACUAAUUAGGCUUUUUAAGUUUUUAUUUUUUAUAUCAGCCGCAUCGAGAGCUAGCGAAAAACUGUAAAUAAAAAUGUUGUAGGUUUUAAAAAGUUUCGUUUGAUUUGUUUUUUUAAUUUUUGGCGGGAAAUUAAAAUUUUAAAACGAUUUUAAAUUUCUAAAUGAGUGUAA